UCACAGCGAAGCGCACGCAUUCGUUCCUGUGUGAAAUGACCCCGAGAAAAGAGCAAAGAAGAUGUUAUUCGAUCUGCACAUACUCUGCUUCAUGCGAACGUUCGCCUGACACGCUUAGACCAAAGGGAAAAGAAUGGAAAGCGCCAUGGGGUUUAUUUUAGGCAAAAGUUUCUCCGCGAUGUUGCGCUUUUUAACUCCACUGCUCGUCGGAUUGUUUUCACAGUCAGUCAGAGGGACAACUGCUGCCAGUUGGAAACAUCCCCUCGCUGUCGUCCACCAGGGAGGUUCACCUCAUUGGGCGAGGCAGGGCCGUUCUUUCUGGCCAACGCAGGCAACGGAACCGCUCAUUGUCCCGGCACGAGCCCCCAGCGUACAUCUGUCACAGGAGGAGAUCCAGAAGUUGCGCUUCAAACCCACCGUGGGCACAAUCCAGCGGUCAGAGGGGGCAGAGGUCAAAUUUAACUGCUCCAUAGACAUCAAUGAUGUGAACCAGGACCUGAAUAUUCUGUGGUUUAGGAACGGUAAGGAAAUCCCUGAUGGCAUGCAGACGGAGGUCUACAGUCAAGGGACGGUCACCCUGCUGUCCACUAUAAGACGCUGUUUCAUUAGCAUAGUUCAGUCGCUUGAAAACGGAGGCACGAUCUGUCCCACUGACAAGCUUCCUGACAAAGUGUCAAAGGUCACAGUAGUAAAACGUGAGGCCAACAAACUCCUCAUAAGCUGGACACCGGGACACGAUGGCUUCUCUCCUCUCAGCACAUGCUCCAUCACAGUGCGAGAGCUUUUGGAGCUAGGAAGCCCCACUGCCGCACACCCCACACGCGUGCCUCCGUUCCAGUAUGAAAUCAGCAACCUCAAGGCCAUGACCUGGUACAACAUGAGCGUGUCCUGCACCAAUGAGAUCGGGUCGUCCCUGCCCAGCGCCUGGGUCCAGAGCAACACCACAGAGGGCGUUCCAUCAGAAGCUCCCCAAAACUUAACUGUUCAUGUGAACAAUUCCAUGCUGAUGAUCCGAUGGGAGGCUCCGCCCCCUGACAAGUUGAAUGGAAUCUUGCAAAGAUAUGAUGUCACAAUUAAACACGGAACACGUACAAACAAGAUUCACAGCAUCACCACAGAGGCCGCGGUGACGCUGCAGAUGUUCAACACCACAUACAGUGUGGAGGUGGUGGCCUGCACUCAGAGCGGCUGUGGGAGCAAAAGAUCACGCUACUGGCUCUUUGUUCCAGACGCUGAACUGCCCGAGUCUCCAUCCUCGACUCCGCUUCCCAGUCAUCCUGACUCCGCGUACAUCGUUCUUGGAGUUGCUUGCAGUUUUUGUCUGUUGAUGAUACUGAUGUUCACGGCCAUAUGGUUGCACAAUCGCUCUUAUUUGCAGUGUUUGUUCGGCCCUGACGAUAAACUCAUUCCUAAUGUUGAGUACAGACCUCAGAGAUCCUACAACCGCUCAGCCAUCGAAAUCACACUUGCCAGUCUGGGCAUUAGCAGUGAGCUUCAGGGCAAACUCCAGGAUGUGAUGAUCAUGAGGAACCUGCUGUCCAUCGGUAAAGUCCUCGGAGAAGGUGAGUUUGGGUCUGUGAUGGAGGGGCAUCUCAAACAACCUGAUGGGAUGUCGGAAAAAGUUGCCGUCAAGACCAUGAAAUUGGAUAACUUCUCCCAGAGAGAGAUCGAAGAGUUUCUGAAUGAAGCUGCUUGCAUGAAGGAUUUUCACCAUCCUAACGUCAUCAGACUCUUGGGUGUUUGUUUAGAGGUUGUUUCAGGCCACUUUCCUAAACCGAUGGUUGUUCUUCCCUUCAUGAAGUAUGGAGACCUGCACAGCUUCCUCCUUCGCUCCCGUCUCAGGGAAGAUCCUGUGUAUCUCCCUACGCAGAUGCUCCUGAAGUUCAUGAUUGGCAUCGCUCAAGGAAUGGAGUAUCUCAGCGGCAGAAACUUCCUCCACCGGGACCUGGCAGCACGCAACUGCAUGUUACGUGAUGACAUGAGCGUGUGUGUUGCUGAUUUUGGCCUGUCAAAGAAAAUCUACAGUGGUGACUAUUACAGACAGGGCCGGAUAGCCAAGAUGCCUGUCAAAUGGAUCGCUGUGGAAAGCCUCGCUGACAGAGUCUUCACGGUGAAAAGUGAUGUGUGGGCGUUUGGAGUGACCAUGUGGGAAAUAACCACUCGAGGAAUGACCCCAUACCCUGGCGUACAAAACCAUGAGAUUUACGAUUAUCUCCUCGAGGGAAACCGGCUGAAACAACCAAAUGACUGUCUGGAUGAACUUUAUGGCAUCAUGUUCAGCUGCUGGAGCGCUGAUCCAGUGGACCGACCCGACUUCACACAGGUUAGGAAGAGGCUGGAGAAUCUGGCAGGGAAGCUUCCCGCGGUUUCCAGCAGCAAGGACAUCAUCUACAUCAACACCAGCUUCCUCGAGGAGGAAGAGGAGUUAUCCGGCGAGGCGGCGGAGGGCCCUGUGCUCACAUCCUCACCCUCCUGUAGUCGGCAAACCACAGACACUUCAGUAGUGACGGCGGAUGUUCACAAGAGCACAGAUGCAGAGGACGACCGGUACGUUGCCGUCAUUUCCUCUGGGGACCAUGAGGAGAGAAGCACUGUCGACAUUGUAGAUACGCCACUACAGAAUCACAGACUCUUGGAACAGGACAGCGAAGAAACGGUCAGGCACGUGGCGGCGACGCAGCAAACAUCUAGUGACACCGCACAUUUGCUCUGAUGGGAAGUUGAAAUGCAGCAGAAAUGUGACUUUUUGUGGUAUCCAACUGAAGUAUAUUUUGUCAAAAAGCUGAAUAAAUAAUGAUUUUAUUCACAGGUUUCUUGAACACCCAUCUGCCAUUGUUGGACGAACAGUGCCAAACUCGCACCAUUGGUUGAGUUAAAGGAAUAGUUCGUCCAAAAAUGACAAUUUGUUGAAAAUGUACCCACCCUCAGGCCAUA